AUGCAGUUCUUCACCAUCAUCGCUCUCCUGGUGCCUUUGGCCCUCGCAGAGACCUGGAACCUUUCCGGCACCUGCUCCAACGACCUCACGUGCGAGAUCGACGACCAGUACACCAGCCCUACACUGGUCUGCGGUAACCAGAACGGACAUUUCUCUGGCGACGGCAACGCAGGAAAGACGGGCUGCGUCCCUGCUGGCACCAAGUGCACUUACGUCUGGACUUUUCUGUUUGAGAACCCCGGCCCUGAUGCACAGGUCGUUGUCCGGGAAGAUGUCCCAGUCGGAACCCCCGGGCCGUUUGAAGUUCUCGUUCAACUUGACUUCACUGGAUUAUGCGGGUCAGAAGUCCGAGCGCUCCGUGGUUGGGGUGCUUACGAUCCCAUCCUGGGCCAUGAAGGUAUCGGCAGAGUCGUGAAAUUGGGAGACAACGUCUCAGAGUCACUCCUGAAGAAGAAGGUUGGAGUCAAGUGGCUCUAUAGCGCCUGCGGAGAAUGUUCCGUAUGCGCGCGCGGAUUCCCCAAUAACUGCUCUAAGCAGCUGAAUACCGGCAAGCACCGUCCUGGGACCCUUCAGCGAUACGUCGUCGCGGACUCGAGAUACUUGACCUUGAUACCGGAGGGCUUGAACGACGAGGAGGCAGGACCAUUGCUUUGUGCGGGCCUCACGAUGAUGGGCGCGCUUUCGAUGCUGGACAAUGACUUAUCUCGAGGCGACUGGGUGGUAAUCCAAGGCGCCGGAGGAGGGCUCGGUCAUCUUGGAGUGCAAAUCGCAUCUAAGCUAAAGGGCUUCCGUGUCAUCGCGGUAGACACGGGAGAUGAGAAACGGAAGUACCUGGAGAGUAGAGCGGAUGCGUUCAUUGACUAUGCAACUGAGGACGUGGAAAAGUCGAUCAUGAGUUUGACCGGGGAGGGAGCUCAUGCUAUCAUCGUUGUUCCCGGUUCAGAGGACGCCUAUCGAAUCGCGCCAAAGCUCUUGAGGUCUAUGGGGACAAUCAUUUGCGUUGGGCUACCUCGAAAUGAUUUCGAGUUGCCCAUCUCAGUUGCUCAGUGUGCCCUGAAAGCUCUGACAAUCAAGGGUGCCAUGGUCGGGACAGAAGAUCAAAUGACGGAGCUGCUUCAGGCAGCUGAGAAGGGAACGAUCCGGGCUUCCAUAGACCUUUUAUCCUUCUCGCAUGUUCCCGAGAUCAUGACCCAGCUAGAGAAAGGAGAGGUUUCUGGACGGGCCGUGAACGCGACGAAGAUGGCACCUUCUCCGCCCAAAUCCUCUCCGAAGUCAUCGACGAACUCGCCCCCAAAUGAUGGCGAUGAUACUAUCGACGCUAUUAUUCCAGAUGAGAUCAACGACGAGGACGCCUCAACAAUUGGACCCAGCGUCGCAUCCUCCAGUACGAGCGUAAGCAGUUCGAUUCUCGACUACCGCAUAGAGAACGGACGCACGUAUCACAAGUACAAAGACGGCACCCCGCCGAAUGCCGCUGACUCUAGGGUCCGUCGCGUCCUUGAUAUCGGCACAGGCACGGGCAUUUGGGCAGUCGACUUUGGCGAUGAGCAUCCCGAGGCUGAGCUGAUCGCAAGUAGCACCCCUCCCAAUGUCCGCUUCGAGAUUGACGACGUCGAGGACACUUGGACGUUUUCUCGGCCGUUUGAUUACAUCCACAGUCGCGUCAUGACCUCGUCGGUCAAGAGCUGGGAAGAUUUCAUCCGCGAGUGCUUCGACCCCGGGGGAUACCUCGAGCUGAACGAAAUCGAUCCCUGCCCUCUGUCCGACGACGGCACCCUCCAAGAGACGUCCGCAGUCAUCAAGUCGGUCCGCAUGCUAGAACAGGCUGCUAACAUCUUCGGUCGCCCUUACCACACCGCGCAAGCACUCCAAGAGACUCUGACAAAAGUCGGCUUCGAGGAUGUGACUGUACAGAGAUUCAAGUGGCCGACGAACCCUUGGCCGCGAGAUGCCCGUCAUAAGGAGCUUGGGAUCUGGACCCACGAGAAUCUGGUUGCCGGCUGGGAGGGCUUCUGCAUGGCACCUUUUACCAGGGCCCUGAAUUGGUCUAGGGAGGAGGUCAUGAUUCUCAUGAUGCAGGUGCGCAAGGAGUUUAGCGAUCGGAGCAUUCAUGCGUACUUCCCGGUGUAA